GCGGACUUUUCGAUGCCUCGAAGAUUCAAGGGUACCAGAGGCUGUCGCCCAGCUGUCCACCCUGCGCGAACUCGAUCUGCUGGAAGACUGCCGCGAAGUAGACUCAAUCGUGAAAUCUACGUCUUCCGCCGCGUCUCUUCGUAUUCUCCGUGUCUCGCUGUCCAAUCUACGCAUCUCCGGUCGGCGUGGCGCCCAUGGCAUCAAAAUCACCGAUCUUGACGCGCUGCUGCAUGGCCUCACGCCCACACUCGAAAUCCUCGACAUCAGAGAGGCGACGGUGGUUCUAGAUGCGGUUGGGGCUCAAUAUCCAACCCUGCGUUCGUUUGCAGCAAACAUCGAGCAAGGCAUGGUACGCACGGACACCCUCGUAUCCAAGUUCCCUGCGCUGCUCAGGCUGGGUGUCGGCUUAGUGGUCGAGGGCGAGCUGCAAGCAGAUGUACAAGAUCAGCGGCUCCUCCGCGCGUGGAACCAGGAGUGGCAGAACAAGCACCGGGGUUGGCCAUGCCUGGAUCGUGCCACUGGAGACGUACUCGGGCUCUUCGUGCUCGGGCUCACCUGCCCCGUGCGCCAUCUCAUGGUGGACGGCUUCGGCGUCCACAAGAAGGGCCAGAUGGCGGAUGUUCUGCGCACGACACCCCCCGCCUGUCUUAAGCUGUCGACUGUACUAUAUUACGGGACCGACAUCUUCGAGGAGCUAUUCCCGCCGGAAGUUGCUCCAAGGUUGACUCACCUGGUGCUUCUGCUCGUGUAUACCAACCUCCAGGUGGACGAUGAAGAUCAGGACGUAGACGUCGUUGGAAAGGCACAGUGGAGCACGCUUCUGACGAAGAUCAUCGACGCUAUCGGCGCACUGCGCCUCACCCACCUGCGUUUGUUUGUCCACUACCGUAUCGACCUAACGGAUGAGGAGGAGGACCGUGUGCCGUACUCCAUGGACUUUGUCCGCAGCAUCGUCGGCCUCGACCACACCCAGAUCGCCACGCAUCUCCUGGACGCUGUCCCCUCACUGCAAUACGUCUUCGUGAGCACGGGCGGCGAGUUCGAGGUAGGUGAGCCUCCGAUGGAGAGCCAGAGACGUGGGCGCUGGUUCUCUCACUCUGCGUGGCGCAACACGGGCGGCGCGUCUCCGCGCACAGAGACCCUGAUGCCACUGGAUGCGGACGUCAUGGAGCAGAUGCUGCAGGACGAGGACCUGAUGCUAUCUGAUCUCGACGACCUUUUGCUAGGGUUCCAGCAAACCUGGGGCGCGGAGGAAACGGCGCCAUGGCCCCUUCCGGAGUGAUGCAUUUCUCCAUGCGCGUAUCCUGGGGUUUUGUCGUUCGUAUGUUCUGAAUUCAUGUCUUGAUUAGAUAAUUG